AUGAUUGGCAACAGUGUGCACGCUAGCUGUUCAGAAGCUUGCGAAGUCCUUGAACAAACCGCUAGAGCAACUCUUGGUAGCAUUCAGGUGCAAGAAGACGAUUGCGUUGUGUGUUUAUGCCCACUUUCUGGAAGUGAAGAAGUACGUGAGCUGCCAUGUAAGCAUCAGUUCCACAUCCCUUGUUUAAAGGAGUAUUUGAACAGCCCAAGCUCUAAGAAGAGGUGCCCUGUGUGCCUCCGAUACUUUGAGCUACCAUUAGGGAAUCAACCUGCUGACGCGCAAAUGCAUAUAAGAAAGCUCAAGAAUAUUAAACUACCAGGUUAUGAAGAGUGCGAUUUUGUCUACGAAAUUUCGUACAGCGUUCCAAGUGGGAUCCAAGAUGCAAGUCAUAUAAGGCCAGGCAAACCGUACAGAGGAACUGAUCGGAGAGCGUAUGUACCAGGAACCUCAGAUGGCGCUAAGGUUUGUUUCAACAUCUAUGAAUAGAA